UGGAUCCGUAGGCAACACACCUCACAAUUACUGUUUGAAUCGAAACGCAGAAAGUAAGAGGAGAGCAUAAGCGCACAAAGGGGAACGUAGGAUGUCGUACCUGCUACCUCACCUGCACUCAGGAUGGGCCGUAGAUCAGGCCAUCCUGGCCGAGGAAGAACGACUCGUCGUCAUCCGCUUCGGCCACGACUGGGACGAGACCUGCAUGCAGAUGGAUGAAGUGCUGGCAUCUGUUGCUGAGACAAUUAAGAACUUUGCUGUCAUUUAUCUUGUGGACAUCACGGAGGUGCCCGAUUUUAACACAAUGUACGAGCUGUAUGACCCAUCCACAGUCAUGUUCUUCUUCCGGAACAAGCACAUUAUGAUUGAUCUUGGCACUGGAAAUAACAACAAGAUUAAUUGGGCUCUCAAAGACAAGCAAGAGUUCAUUGACAUUGUGGAGACAGUGUACCGUGGGGCAAGGAAGGGACGUGGUCUAGUGAUUGCUCCAAAGGACUACUCCACCAAGUACCGCUACUAAGUCCAUGUGCAAGUUGUGAUGUACUUGAGCAGUUGAAGUUUCCAAGAAGGCUUUAUGCACAGUUGAGGAACGGUAACUCCUUACUCAGUAUUUACUUUCCAGUUAGACUGAUGGAUCUAUAAAUUUUCCUCUUUGAGCCAUUAGUAUUGCACCUGGUACUACUUUUCAGCAAAGUUCUGAUGCCAUGUAAGCCGGCACAGUACUCUGAGAACUGAGCUUCAAUUAGUGGUUUGAGUUUGGUUGGUGAUUCUAGGUGAUCUAAAUUACCAUCUGGGUCGGACUCCAAAUACCCGAAAUUGAUCUUACUCUUGAAGGAUUUACUUGUAAGAAGGUUGUGGUGUAUGUUCGAUGUGUAUAGUCUUUGAAGUCUCCCUUGUGGUAGGGCAGGAAGAGUAGAAAUUCCGGCAUAAUAAGUGAUUGCUUGCUCUCUGUGUUGUAAUGGAAGCAGUGAUCCAGGAAUAUGCUCCAAAUUGUCAUGGGAACUCUUCUUCUGUAGUCUGAAAGCUAGUAUGCUAAACGACCUAACCGAAUAAAAAGUCUUUUGCAGCGUAUUACACA